AUGGAGGGUGGGAAGAUUAUUGCGAACGAUCAAGAACAAGAACAGGAACAAGAACGACGAUGGAGUUUCGUCGUAAAAGACGAAACUUUUUCGUGCAAUCAAUUUCAAUGGCCUGCAAAGAAUUAUUCUUGUAAUUUUUGCAAGAGGGAAUUCAAGUCAGCUCAAGCUCUUGGUGGGCAUAUGAAUGUUCAUAGAAGGGAUAGGGCAAGAAUGAGGCUUUUGCCUUCAUGGAUGGCUGAUAAUUCUUACCCUAACCCUAAUUCUUGCUUCACUUUCAAAUUGAAUUCCAACAACUCUUUGUGUUCCAAUACUCAAGAAGAGAAGAAAGCUUUUGGGAGUUGUUCAUGGAACAAUUACAAGCCCUCAUUCAGCUCUCAAGAUGAUCAUGAUGAUGUUCUUCAUGUUUUGAAGAAGAAAAAGAAGAAAAAUUUAGUGAAUUUAGAGCUCAAAAUGGGGAAUUUGGAAGAUGAUUCUUCAAAUGAAGAUCUUGAUUUGGAGCUUCAUCUUUGA